UGAUCAGAACCUAACACCAUUUUUCAGGAAGCUUCGUGUUUGGUUUCGUAUACAGAGAAUUCUGAGUGUAAAGAUACAUUCCCCUCAUGCUAUAUAUAAUGUAAAACUAAAACUAAUGGCCUCACCUUCUUUGGUUAACCCAAUUUAAUUAAUUUGUUUGUAAUACAACGUAAUUAGUGUUAUAUUUUAACAGGUAGAGAACAUCGAAUUUAAAAAUAUACUUUCCGCAACUAGCGUAGUAUUGGUGAACCUAAUUAUAUGGGCAAUUAAGAGAUUACUACACAUAAAACAAAUAGAAAGAAACAUUUCCAUACAGAAGUACAAUAAAUCUUUUUCUGAAUCAUGUCGGAUAUAGCUUUAAACGUUGGAGAUAAGCUGUACUCAAUGCAAUAAACUAAUAAAAACAUACGAGCAGCCUUAUUCCUAGCACAUGCACAUAUAUAGACUUCUUAGUCCAAGACAUGCACAGGAACAGCUCUCUAAGACACAAACCUUCCUUCCUUCCUUCCUUCCUUCUCUCUCUCUCUCUCUCUCUCUCUCUCUCUCUCUCUCUCUCUCUCUCUCUCUCUCACACAUCAAUAUUAGGGUUCUUGAUGGAGAAAGAAGAAUGCAACAGUAGUGAAUCCGGUUGGACGACUUAUAUUUCGUCGCCAAUUAAAGUAGAUGAAGAUGACGUUGUGGAUGAGGGCUAUUAUGAAGGGUAUAACAUCUAUAACUACUAUAGAAAAGGAGAAAAUGAAGAAGAGAAGAAUAAAGAUAGCGAUGAUUCAAUGGCCUCGGAUGCUUCGUCUGGACCAAGUUAUCAGCGCUAUCACCAAAAGAACAACAAAAGUGGACGAAGAGAGGCGUGCAAUUUGAAGAACGGGAAAAGUGAAGGUAAUAGUAAGAGUAAUAAUGAUCAUAAAAAUACUGGUAGUUCAUACAAGAAAAAAGAGAAGAAAACGAAAGACGAUAAGACUACCUAUAGAAUGAAGUGACUACUCUUUGUAUAUUAUUGUUUUAA